CUCUCUCUCUCUCUUCCGACUGUUGCUUUUGAGGAAUGAGGGCUGCGAAGAGACGCUCAGCCAUGGAGGCGCAGAGGAAGGCGAUUCUCUGAUCUGAAUGAGACACACAAGGCGGGGGGGGGGAUUCUUUGGUCUGCACGGUCUGUUUUGCGCAGGCGCCGCCUAACCCCCCCCCCCAAAAAAAAAAAAAACCGGAGCAACAGGAGGCUGAAGAUCUGUGGGGUUUGCCAGCGUGCAAAAUAAUCCGGAUUGCAAAACCGGGUGUUUUUAUUUAUUUUAGAAGGUGUGGACUGGGAAGUUUUGCAAUUUCGAAAGAGGUCUUUUUUUUGGGGGGGGGGGGAUUAAUCCACUUCCCCCCAAUAUUGCAAUAUGCCCAGUCCAGAGGAUAUUUCCAGCAAAGGCAAGAUCCGGAUUGAAUAAGUUAGCAAGGCCCGAGAAGGGGGGACGGGGGGGGGGGGCGAUUGGCAGCUUGGAGGGGGGAAAACCCCACGAAGUUAAUGGGGGAGGCGAUUGCGAAGGGAAACCCACGCAGGCAAGACCGCUUUUUUUUUGUUUUUGGCCAAGUUGAAAAUAGAUAUUUUUUUCCCCCCAGUUUUGGGAGUGGGGGGGGGGGGAAUAGAUCCCAUGGAGAAGAAAGCGAAGUUGGGGAGUCGCCUGAAUUGCUGACGGGGUCGCCUUGAUUGUUGGGGUGUUUUUUUGGGGGGGGGGGUGAAAACAGCGGAGCCCAUUAUCUGCAAUUUCUCGGAGGGGGACAGCUUUGGAAAAAGUUUGGGAGGCAGGAAAAAAACCACCCCAUUUUCGACUCAGGCACUGGGAGAAGCCGGGAUGGCCGCGGAGCUGAGCCCCGAAGAGGAGCUGGCUACCAAGCAAUUUCUUGAGGAGAUCAACAAGUGGACAGUCCAAUACAAUGUCUCGCCGCUCUCUUGGAACGUGGCAGUCAAAUUCCUCAUGGCCCGGAAAUUUGACGUCCUCCGAGCAAUCGAACUCUUCCAUUCCUACAGGGAAACCCGGCUGAAAGAAGGGAUCGUGAAGCUGAAACCUCACGAGGAACCCCUCCGCUCUGAGCUGCUGAGUGGAAAAUUCACUAUUCUGAGCGUACGAGAUCCUUCCGGUGCCUCAAUCGCCCUGUUUACGGCCAAGCUGCACCAUCCCAACAAAAGCGUCCAACAUGUUGUGCUCCAGGCUCUCUUCUAUUUGCUGGACCGGGCGGUGGAGAGCUUUGAAACACAGCGGAACGGCUUGGUCUUCAUUUACGACAUGGCGGGCUCCCACUAUACCAAUUUUGAGCUGGAUCUCAGCAAGAAAAUUCUCAAUUUACUAAAGAACUCUUUUCUAGCCAGGCUUUCUAGAGUCCAGAUUCGGCGUGUUCCUAUGUGGUUCCUUCCGAGGUCCCCUUACUCCAUUAUCAGCUUGCUGUUGAAAGAAAAGCUCCGAGAACGAGUUCAGAUGGUGAAGAUGUCGGAGCUGAAGCAACAUCUCCCCCAGGAAUGUCUCCCUGAGUACCUGGGCGGGUCCCUCAAGCUGGACCCCUUCGGCUGGAACUGCAGGUUCCUCCCGCAGCAGAACGGCCACCCAGACCCUCUGGACGAGCUGAUCCUGGUGUCCCUGGCAACUCCUCGUGACAACGGCUCCGUGCACGUGCCAGGGCCGAAGGCCAUGACGGUGGUGGAACUACUGGAGCACGUGAGCCAGAAGCAGAAACGGGGCAUCUACGAAGAAUACGAGGGCAUCCGGCGCCGGAGCCCGUCUGGCACAUUCGUCUGUUCCUUAGCUCCCUACAACCAGGAGAAGAACAGAUAUGGGGAUGUGCCCUGCCUUGACCAAACCAGGGUGAAGCUGACCAAACAAUUCAGCUAUCCAGAACUGACGGAUUACAUCAACGCCAGCUUCAUGGACGGCUACAAGCAGAGGAACGCUUACAUCGGGACUCAAGGUGAGCGUGAAAUGAACCCAGGGAGGAAGUUUGCAUUCUGCUGUCGAACUGUCUAACUUUGGGUUCUCUAA